AUGACAAGAGGCCGUGUCAAAUGCACGGUGGACCCUGACUUUGGAAGAACUCUUACAUUGCCGAGCCUUCGAGUGUCGCUGCGCUCUGCGCCCAUCGGCGGCCGAUGUGAAGCGCAAAUCGGGCUCAGCGUAUGCCGCGAAAGCACGCUCCCGAUCGGCGACUGUAUUCGCACCGGUCUGCGCAGUCCGAACAUGUCAUACGACGAAGCCGAGUGA